UAGUAUUCUGAUGUGGAACGUGGUGCAAAUGUGAAGUAUUAACAUACUUGGCUGAAGUCAGUAGAAGUCAACCUACUCUGGUGAACAAUGUCAAACCACAGUAAGAUAAAAAGUAAACCGUACAGGAAUUGGGUGAGAGGAGCCCUCGGUUUGUUCUAUCUCCAAAAAGGUCUCUAUCCCUUCACUGAUCGUGUUACCAAAGCGGAACAUGCAAAUAUCGUUCAAAACCUUACGCCAUGCACGAAUUGUGCUAUAGAAGACAUUCUCCCAGCACAUGCUAGUGGGAAUGUCUGUCUUCAGACGAACAAAGGAAGAUGUAACUGUAGAAAGAGGAAAAACAGAAACUGUGCCACAUGUAGCAAGAUCUAUGACGACAUAGUAUUACAGCACCGUUUCAGAGAUCCGUAUUGGGUGACUGAUUGUUCUACUUGGUACAAUGAUCACUGGCAGUUUGCAAAAUGUUUCUUAACAACCACAAGCAAAGGAUCAAACACUACUGCUGCCGAAACUGAUGCUUCAGGGUUGCUAAGCAUUAUCAUAAAUGGCGAGUUCUUCCAAUCAGAGAUUCAGUGCAACAUCGAUCCCCCAAAUGACUCUUUUAGUAAGGUGCGAGAGAUACGUAAUGAGAUUCUGCACAAUUCUACACUAGACAUAGCGGACCACGACUUGACAAGAUAUCUACAGUCUAUGAUAGUAGUAUUGGAAGACAAGAAAUCAUUAAAUCUUGACCCAGCAGCUCAGGCAGCAGUGUUGAAAUUAAAAGAGAUUCUUAGGGACGAAUUACUCAUAACAACAAAUGAGGAAGCGUGUGCCAUUCAAACUGCGCUAAAUGCCAUUAAAGUAGCUAAAAAACAGUCUGAAGAGAGUAUCAAAGUAGCUAAAGAACAAUCUGAAGAGAGUAUAAGAAAACUAGCAGAAGAAACUCGGAACACCAUCAAAGCGUCUGAAGAGGGUAUUAGGAAAUUGGCAGAAGAGAGUCGUAAUUCUGUACAGCUGCAGACACUGGAAUCUACUACAGGAAUAGCUAAAGCGGAGAAACAUGCAAUAGAAAAUGUAUCUACAGAGUUCCAGGAAACAUAUGAGCCGGAAAUAAAAAGGCUUAAACUAGGACACGAAGACCAUGAAAAUAGAUUAAAAGCAAUUGAAAAAGAACAACAAAAUUUACAAAUGAAACAACUUAAACUGGAAAAUCAAGUUGCCGAACUAAAAGCUACUGAAGAAAAGCACCAGACCAGGAUUGAAUACCUGAAACAAAAACAAGGUCUCCAACAAUACCUAGUGGAAGAGUAUCAGAAACAUUAUGUAAAGACCUCAAUUUCUCCAUUAAUUACGCGAGAAAAUGUCGUCAACAUCAGAGACGUAUAUGUAUCUCCUAGAAUGGUUGAAGAGAAUGAAGAUGACAAUAAGGGAAAUACGUCUAAAGCUGGAAACAGCAGUGAAACAAAUAAGAAGCAUAUAGAAUCUUAUCAUCGCUUAUUUAACAUGGAGGCCUAUGAGGGCAAUACCUCUAAAGCUGUAAACGACAGAGAAACGAGUAAGAAGCAUAUAGAAAGCUAUCGUGACUUAUUUAACACUGGCGAAAAACGAAAUCAGAAGAUUUUUGUCGUAGGAGACGUAGGGACUGGAAAAAGCUCAUUUUGUAAAAUGAUGAUGCAAAACUGGUGCAGCUCCAUUACAAAAAGAAGACAGAUUGAUGAAUCGUGCGUCCUGGGCGAAGACGAAGUGGUACAAGGAGAAGAAUGUAACACGUGCGAUAUGAAUCAAUUUGAUUUCUUAUUUUAUAUACCUUUACGCGAAAUACCGAAUGAUAUUGAUGACACUGUCGAUAUGAUAAAAGCUCAGUUAGGAAAAUAUACAACUCUGGUCGACAACAUAUUUACAAACGAUUCGGAGCGUUGUCUCAUUCUAGCAGACGGCUUAGACGAGUGGACACCACCUAAAUCAAACAGACAAUCACGACAUCACGGGAUACCGACAUCUCGUUUAGCAGGGGAUUCUACAAUACUUACAACAUCUCGGCCAUCGUCUCGCGGUAUCUUAAAUAUGAAAUCAUCGGAAUACGACUUGAGAGUAACUCUCUUGGGUUUAAAGGAUAGCUCUGUUCAACCUAUGAUAAAAAAAUACUUAGAGUUGUUUGAUAAAGCGUCAGCUUCCACAGCUUCUGAUAUAUCUUUCACAUUUUCUAAAUCGUUCAAAGACAUACACAAAGCACCGAUGUUGCUGCAGCAGCUUAUCUGGCUGUACUGCAAUAAUUAUGAUAUAACUCAUUCUAGAAGUUCUAUUUACUUACACAUUGUUAAUGCUGUGCUUGGGUGGGAAUAUGAAAGAACGGAGCAUUACCCGAAGCUGCAAAGUAACAGUCUUGAACAGCUUCCACUACCAGAGUCUUUUGAUAUGUACCCCAGAUGUCAGGAAAAUCGAGAACUGUUACUUCUUUUAGGUAAAAUUGCAUACGACGCAUACAUAACGGGUAAUGAGUCAUCACUUGUGUUUGGUCGGUACAAACUAAAGCAGUUGGGUGUAUCAGCUGAGGAUAUUGCUGCAAUUUUGCAGACUGGUAUCCUAACUGAAAUCAACUGUGCCGAUCCGACAUACGACAAGUCACGACUUACAUUCAUUCAUACGUCUUACGUGGAGUUUUUUGCUGCUUUAUAUAUGUGUAGCUGUUACCUAUCGAAAACUUCUGAUGCUCAUUCUUCGGUUACUCCAAUUUCUUUACUUGAGGGUCUCCUUGCAGUAACUCCAGAAACCUCUGUUGCUGAAAUGCUGCGAUUAGAAAAUGUGCUAAUCAUGAUAUGUGGACUAGUUCCAGGUCUUACAGAACAUGUUUGUGAAUGCAUUUAUAAGUUGACACCAAGGGCAGAGAAUAUGAAUGACUAUAUGGUAAAAAGUCAGAUACAGCGUUUGACUUUUAAUUGUAUAUCAGAACAUAAUUCCGAUGGUCAACAAACCGCAAGGUUUAAACUACGCCAUUUAAAUCUAGAGUGUUUUUUUAACAUGAAGCGUUUUUCUGAUAUAGAUCCUAGCAGUAUUGAAACAUUUAUAUUACGUUCAUUAUCACACGGUUGGUCGUUGUUAUCAUCAUUCUUGUCACAAGCAGUAUCAUUACGGGCACUUUGA